AUGGCUCCUAAGAAGAAGGGAGGCAAGAAGCAGGCGGAUGACUGGGAGAACGAUCUGGGCGAGACUGUCGAUCCGAUAGCCCAGGCUACUGAAGAGGCAAAGAAGGCCGAGGCAGACGACGAUGCCGCAGACGAGAUGAAUGGCGGCGGCGGCGGUCUCUUGGCUGCGCUGCGGAGAAAUAAAGACAAACGGGCCAAAAAAGGAAAGCAGAACCUCAAUGACUUUGUCGAUGGGGAGGAUGCGGACGGUGCUGCCCCUGAGGAUCCUGCCGCCAGCUUGGCUGCGAAAGCCCCCACCGAAGCCACCUUCGACGACGACGACGACGAUGUGUUUGCCGGAAACUCCAACAAGAAGGGGAAGGCUGGCAAAAAGCAGCCUGAGAAGGAAGCGCCACCAGCCGCCGACGACGAUGCUGAUGGCGACGGCGGGGUGAAGUCGAAGAAGGAGAAGGAGCGUGAGAAAAAGGAGCGGGAAAAGCAGAGAAAGAAAGAACAGGCCGCAAAGAAGAAGGUUGCUGCUCCGACGCCCGCUCCAAAGGUCGAAGAAGCGAAACCUGCCGUUGUCGAAAAGGCCGAGGCGGCCGCUGCUGCACCCGAGAAGGAUGAAAAAGCUGGCAAGAAGAAGAAGAUCCCCGCACAUCUGGCCGCUAUUCAGAAGCAGCAGGAGCUCCUGGCUCGACAGCGAGAAGAGCAGCAAAGGAGAGAGGCUGAAGAGAAGGCUGCCGAAGAAGAGCGCUUGAGAAAGGAAGCUGAAGAGGAGCAGAAGAAGGCUGAGGCAAGAGCACGUAAGAAGGAGAAGGAAAAGGAGAAGAAAGAACAACUUCGGAAGGAAGGCAAACUCUUGUCCGAAGCCGAUAGGAAGAGGAAGCAGCAACAGGAGCUUCGUCUGAAGCAGAUGCUCGAGUCGGGCGCCAAGGUUGCAGGCCUGACUGGCGACAGCGUCGAAGAGAAGAAGAAACACGCAGACAAGAAGCGAAAGGGCCCCAAGAAGGAAGAGGUCGACCUGGAAGCUGCUGCUGAAAAAGCGAGACAGGAAGCCGAAGCAGCCGCAGCAGAACGUCAACGUCUCGCGAAAGAAGCCGAAGAGGCUGCUGCAGCUGCAGCAGCAGCAGAGGCCGCGCAGCAAGAUGAUGGUUCCGAGCUCGAUGACUGGGAAAAGGCUGCUGACGACGACCUCAAGGACAGCUGGGAUGCUGACUCUGACGAGGAUUCGAAGCCGUCCCAACCAACUAUCAACGGCAGUGCUACGAAGACGCAGAAAAAGGCCGAAACCAAUGGUGCCGUCCCCAAGCCAGCUGUCGCCAAAACAAACGGAUCGUCAACGCUGCCCGUCCGUGACUCCGGUCCGCCUCCGAAGGAGAGACCUAUUGAAUCGGACACCGAGUCCGAGGAGGAGGACUCUUCAGACGAGGAUGAGGAAGCCACAGCAGCUCAGCGUGCAACAGCACAGAGAAAGGCAGAAGCGGCCGCGCGGCGAGCGAAAGCCCACGAAGAAGCCCUUGCAGCACGCUCUAAAGAUGACCUCCGAUCGCCCAUAUGCUGUAUCUUGGGCCACGUCGACACGGGAAAAACAAAGCUCCUGGACAAGAUCAGACAAACAAACGUUCAAGAGGGCGAAGCUGGUGGUAUUACUCAGCAAAUCGGUGCUACUUAUUUCCCCAGGGAGGCACUUGAACAGAAAACGGCUGUCGUGAACAAGGAUGGCAAAUUUCAAUUCAAAGUGCCUGGUCUGUUGGUUAUCGACACUCCUGGCCACGAGUCAUUCUCCAAUCUCCGGUCUCGAGGUUCUUCACUUUGUAACAUUGCCAUUUUGGUUGUGGACAUCAUGCACGGCCUAGAGCCGCAGACGCUGGAGUCUAUGAGGUUGCUGAAAGAACGCAAGACACCGUUCAUUGUGGCGCUCAACAAGAUCGACCGUCUCUACGGCUGGAAGAAGAUCGAUAACAACGGCUUCCAAGACAGUCUCGCCAUGCAGUCUAAGGGAGUGGUAGGCGAGUUUGAGAAGCGACUCCAAGAUACCAAACUUGCUUUCGCUGCAGAAGGAUUUAAUGCCGAGGUCUUCUAUGAAAACAAGGACAUGCGGCGAUAUGUGUCACUGGUGCCGACUUCAGCGCAUACUGGUGAAGGUAUCCCAGAUUUGCUCAAACUCCUCGUUACUCUCACCCAGGAGCGGAUGACCUCGGCCUUGAUGUAUCUUUCCGAAGUGCAAGCCACGAUUCUGGAGGUCAAGGUGAUUGAGGGUCUGGGUACCACCAUUGACGUGAUCAUCUCGAACGGAGUCCUGCGCGAAAACGACCGAAUUGUGCUGUGUGGUACAGAUGGGCCAAUCGCGACCAACAUUCGAGCGCUUUUGACGCCAGCUCCGCUCAGGGAGCUGCGUCUCAAGUCGGCGUACGUGCACAACAAAGAAUGCAAGGCGGCUCUGGGUGUCAAGAUUGCGGCCAACGAUCUUGACAAGGCUGUGGCAGGAUCUCGACUGCUUGUCGUUGGACCCGAUGACGAUGAAGAGGACCUGAUGGAUGAUGUCAUGGCCGACCUGCAGCAACUCCUCCGCAAGAUAUCCAAGGACCACCGUGGUGUCAGCGUGCAAGCUUCUACGUUGGGCUCUCUUGAGGCACUGUUAGAUUUCCUCAAGGAGUCGAAAAUCCCCGUGGCCAACGUCGGGAUCGGCCCCGUCUUCAAGCGCGAUGUCAUCAUGGCCGGUACAAUGCUGGAGAAAGCGAAAGAGUAUGCAGUCAUGCUCUGCUUCGAUGUCAAAGUGGAUAAAGAGGCACAGCAGUACGCAGACGAGAACGGCAUCAAAAUCUUCACGGCCGAUAUCAUCUACCACUUAUUCGACAACUUCACCGCACAUAUGAAGCAGCUGCAGGAGCAGAAGAAGGAAGAAAGCAAGCUGCAUGCGGUCUUCCCGUGUGUGCUUCAUCCUAUUCAAGUCUUCAACAAGAAGGAUCCCAUCGUGGUGGGAGUCGACGUGGUCGAGGGUAGUCUACGUCUACUGACACCGAUUGCUGCGGUCAAGACCAACCCCGUCACUGGUACCAAGGAGAUCGUCGUCUUGGGCAGAGUAUCGUCCAUCGAACGUGAACACAAGGCCAUUCCCAUUUGCAAGAAAGGCCAGCCCUCGGUUGCAGUCAAAAUUGAGGGGCCCAAUCAGCCCAUGUACGGACGGCAGCUGGAAGACAAAGACGUCCUCUACUCGCUGAUCUCUCGCAAGUCCAUCGACACACUGAAGGAGUUCUACCGAGAUGAAGUCACCAAGGACGAAUGGGCGCUUCUGAAGAAACUCAAACCCACGUUCGACAUUCCUUAG